ACGCAUGACAGCUGGCGACGCUUCCUGUUCGCUCUCGGCUAGAGGACGUUGGUGUCACAGAGGAGAGGGGCUCUUCGGGUAUUCGUUACUUUCAGUGAGUCAGUAGAAGAAGAGAAACAACCAUGUUCUCCCGCGCCGUGAGACCCACCGUCAGCCUGGCCAGGAGCCUGUCCACCUCGUCGCAGAACAACGCCAAGGUGGCGGUGCUCGGAGCUUCCGGCGGCAUAGGCCAGCCGCUGUCGCUGCUGCUCAAGAACAGCCCGCUGGUGAGCCACCUCUCUCUCUACGAUAUCGCCCACACGCCCGGGGUGGCCGCGGACCUCAGCCACAUCGAGACCCGGGCCCAAGUCACCGGCCACAUGGGGCCCGAGCAGCUCGAUGCCGCACUCAAGGGCUGUGACGUGGUGGUGAUUCCCGCCGGGGUGCCCAGAAAACCCGGGAUGACCCGUGACGACCUGUUCAACACCAAUGCCACCAUCGUCGCCACCUUGGCCGAUGCCUGCGCGCGCAACUGCCCCGGAGCUAUGAUCUGCAUCAUCGCUAACCCGGUCAACUCCACCAUCCCGAUUACGGCAGAGGUCAUGAAGAAACAUGGUGUCUACAACCCCAACAGAGUGUUUGGUGUCACAACCUUGGACAUUGUCAGAGCAAACACCUUCGUUGCGGAGCUAAAAGGCCUGGACCCAGCAAGGGUCAAUGUACCGGUCAUUGGAGGUCACGCCGGGAAGACCAUCAUUCCACUCAUCUCCCAGUGCACACCUAAAGUGGAGUUCCCUGCCGACCAGCUGUCCGCACUGACCGGCAGGAUCCAGGAAGCUGGUACCGAGGUCGUCAAGGCCAAGGCUGGUGCCGGUUCUGCAACCCUCUCCAUGGCAUAUGCUGGUGCUCGCUUCACCUUCUCCGUCCUGGACGCCAUGAAUGGAAAGGAGGGUGUGGUAGAAUGCGCUUAUGUCAGGUCUGAGGAGACAGAGUGCAAGUACUUCUCCACACCCCUGCUUCUGGGCAAGAACGGCAUCGAGAAGAACCUUGGACUGGGCAAGCUGUCUGCGUUUGAGGAGAAGCUGGUGGCUGACGCCAUGGAUGAGCUGAAGGCCUCCAUCAAGAAGGGCGAGAACUUCGCUGCUAAUAUGAAGUGAAUGUCAGGCCUUCGCCAAUAGCUUAAAAAGUAACUUAAAACAUGCUUCUGGGUGCAAAGCAUCAGUCUGUGUUUCCUUUGGUUUUAGGAGUAGUCUGAUUUGGUUCAGGUAUUCUUAUCACAGUUGGUCUCCUUCCUGUCAUAAUACCCAUGGUUUAUGUACGGCCUGUACUGUGGUGAGCCAUAUAUGAUCAUGUACAGUUUGUACUUUGGGGGACUUUUGUGCUGAACAAAGAAGAAACUGCUGUCACCAUUACAAUCCAUGUUACUGAUGAGAACAAAACAUCACUCCAUCAAUAAACAGCUGAGCUCCUGAAGUGA